CUCGUGACUCCCAGCGUGUGGCUGAUACACUUACCUGCAGGACAGUGAACCAGUGAGGCUGCAUUUGUUACUUGAACAUUAAGGGACUAGCAGUUCGGUCCUUCACUGUGCUGGCUGGAUUUGCUUGUGUUUGUUCUUAGCCACUGCUCAUGUAAUGCACUCCCUUAACCAGGAAAUUAAGGCAUUCUCCCGGAAUAAUCUCAGGAAGCAAUGCACCAGGGUGACAACGCUAACUGGAAAGAAAAUUAUAGAAACAUGGAAAGAUGCCAGAAUUCAUGUUGUGGAAGAAGUAGAGCCGAGCAGUGGGGAAGGUUGUGGUUAUGUGCAGGACCUUAGCUUGGACCUGCAAGUUGGUGUUAUUAAGCCAUGGUUGCUCCUGGGGUCACAAGAUGCUGCUCAUGAUUUGGAUACACUGAAAAAGCACAAGGUGACUCAUAUUCUCAAUGUUGCAUAUGGAGUUGAAAAUGCUUUCCUCAGUGACUUUGUAUAUAAGAGUAUUUCUAUAUUGGAUCUACCUGAGACCAAUAUCCUGUCUUAUUUUCCAGAAUGUUUUGAAUUUAUUGAACAAGCAAAAAUGAAGGAUGGAGUGGUUCUUGUUCACUGUAAUGCAGGAGUUUCCAGGGCUGCUGCAAUUAUAAUAGGCUUCCUAAUGAAUUCUGAAGAAAUCUCAUUUACCAGUGCUUUUUCUUUGGUGAAAAAUGCAAGACCUUCCAUAUGUCCAAAUGCUGGUUUUGUGGAGCAGCUUCGUACAUAUCAAGAGGGCAAAGAAAGCAAUAAGUGUGACAAAAUACAGGAAUUAGAAGAAACAACAGUUCCUGAGUUACAUUCUAGCUGAUGAUGGACAACUGUAAUUUCUGAGUUGGUCUCUAGAGCCACCUUUCCCCUUUUUGAGAGUAAACUAUUAGAAACUUCCUUUUCUCAUGCUUUUUUCAAGUGGAAAUAGAGGUCAACUGAUUGUCCUAAGUUAGGGUAUAAAUAAAUUUUUUAAAUUAUAUCAUGUUUUCUUUAGUAUUAUAAUGUGUGAUUAAAUGCUUCUUUGAUUUGCUAAGGGAAAAUAACAGUGUAUUACCAAUAAUUGAUUUCUGUAGAAAGAAAAGGUUUAAAUUUAAAAUCUAUAUUAAAGCAUGAAAGAUUAAAUUAGUUGAUUAAAACUUUUGGUAGUUUUCUAUUCCAGCAACUGUUUCCAUGAAGGAAAAUCUUUAAGUGUACUUGAC